AUGGCUCUACAGGAUCUCACUGAUCUUCAGCCAGAUCCAAACGUCCCUGAGUCGAUGGCUCUACAGGAUCUCACUGAUCUUCAGCCGAAUUCAAACGUCCCUGAGUCGACGGCUCUACAGGAUCUCACUGAUCUUCAGCCGAAUUCAAACGUCCCAGAGUCGACGGCUCUACAGGAUCUCACUGAUCUUCAGUCGGAUCCAAACGUCCCUGAGUCGAUGGCUCUACAGGAUCUCACUGAUCUUCAGCCCGAUCCAAACGUCCCAGAGUCGACGGCUCUACAGGAUCUCACUGAUCUUCAGCCAGAUCCAAACGUCCCAGAGUCGACGGCUCUACAGGAUCUCACUGAUCUUCAGCCAGAUCCAAACGUCCCUGAGUCGAUGGCUCUACAGGAUCUCACUGAUCUUCAGCCCGAUCCAAACGUCCCAGAGUCGACGGCUCUACAGGAUCUCACUGAUCUUCAGCCAGAUCCAAACGUCCCAGAGUCGACGGCUCUACAGGAUCUCACUGAUCUUCAGCCAGAUCCAAACGUCCCAGAGUCGACGGCUCUACAGGAUCUCACUGAUCUUCAGCCAGAUCCAAACGUCCCUGAAUCGACGGCUCUACAGGACCUCACUGAUCUUCAGUCGGAUCCAAACGUCCCUGAAUCGACGGCUCUACAGGAACCAGCUGAUCCUCCAGAAGAUCCUCAGUCUGGUUCAUCUGACCCUGAUCAAGAUCCAGAUGCUUCAGAGAUGACAGCUGUCGUAGGAGCAUCUGGUCUUGUGCCAGUGGGUCUGCAGGAUCCAGCUGAUCCUCUUCCAGGCCCAUCUGCUCUUGAUCCAGUAACCCCAAAAUUUCCAGGUGCAUCCAAGCAUAGACGAAUCGCAGAUCAAACCCAUUUCAGAGCAGCCUGUUUUACCGAUCCAACUCCUGUUCCCUUUGAUGAGAUUUAUGAAGUGGGAGAAGAGAUUGGAGAAGGAGGCUUCGGCACUGUGCAUGAGGGGAUUUCGAAAUUUCUACGUGAGCAGGUUGCCAUCAAAUUCAUCCCCAAGUGUGAAACAGACCGGUAUAUUGAAAUACCUGGCUGUUCAAAGCCGCUGUUUGCAGAAGUGGCUCUAAACUUGCUGCUGAAACGGCCUCCGUUAAGCCCCUACAUUGUGCACAUGCUGGAAUGGUUUGAAGAGGACGAUCAGUUCAUCCUGAUCCUGGAAUAUCCACAACCCUGCAAGGACUUGCUCAAAUUCAUGGUUAACAAUAUGCAGCGAGUGAACGAAUCACAGACUCGUAGGCUGAUGUACCAAGCGGUGCUCGGGGCCAAGCACUGUCUUGACCGAGGCGUCUUCCACCGUGACAUUAAGUUGAAUAACUUUCUGAUCAACACAAAGACUAACCAAGUCAAACUGAUAGACUUUGGCUGCGGUGACCUCGUGAAAACAUCAGGGUACUUGGGUGAUUUUACAGGUGAAUUUGACGUUUUGUUCUGCCCACCUGAAUACUACAAGGACUUAAAAUACGAAGCAGGGCCAACAACCGUCUGGUCUCUGGGCAUAAUGAUGUACACAAUGGUGUGCAGAUGUCAGCCCUUUAAAAGUCUAGAAGACAUGAUGCAUGGCAGUUUGAGUUUUAACAUCAGCAUUUCCACAGAAUUGCAGGAUUUGAUAAGCCGCUGCCUGGCUUAUCACCCAACCGAGAGAGCAACUAUUGAGGAGAUCCUACAGCAUGAAUGGUUUCAUCAGGGACAGAUGUUAGGAGUAGCACAGGAUCAGAUAGUAACAGUUCCCUUUGAUGAGAUUUAUGAAGUGGGAGAAGAGAUUGGAGAAGGAGGCUUCGGCACUGUGCAUGAGGGGAUUUCGAAAUUUCUACGUGAGCAGGUUGCCAUCAAAUUCAUCCCCAAGUGUGAAACAGACCGGUAUAUUGAAAUACCUGGCUGUUCAAAGCCGCUGUUUGCAGAAGUGGCUCUAAACUUGCUGCUGAAACGGCCUCCGUUAAGCCCCUACAUUGUGCACAUGCUGGAAUGGUUUGAAGAGGACGAUCAGUUCAUCCUGAUCCUGGAAUAUCCACAACCCUGCAAGGACUUGCUCAAAUUCAUGGUUAACAAUAUGCAGCGAGUGAACGAAUCACAGACUCGUAGGCUGAUGUACCAAGCGGUGCUCGGGGCCAAGCACUGUCUUGACCGAGGCGUCUUCCACCGUGACAUUAAGUUGAAUAACUUUCUGAUCAACACAAAGACUAACCAAGUCAAACUGAUAGACUUUGGCUGCGGUGACCUCGUGAAAACAUCAGGGUACUUGGGUGAUUUUACAGGAGUCUGCCCACCUGAAUACUACAAGGACUUAAAAUACGAAGCAGGGCCAACAACCGUCUGGUCUCUGGGCAUAAUGAUGUACACAAUGGUGUGCAGAUGUCAGCCCUUUAAAAGUCUAGAAGACAUGAUGCAUGGCAGUUUGAGUUUUAACAUCAGCAUUUCCACAGAAUUGCAGGAUUUGAUAAGCCGCUGCCUGGCUUAUCACCCAACCGAGAGAGCAACUAUUGAGGAGAUCCUACAGCAUGAAUGGUUUCAUCAGGGACAGAUGUUAGGAGUAGCACAGGAUCAGAUAGUAACAGCAGAUGCCCCAAAUUGGCCCCGGUGAGGAAAAACUGCACAAACCAUUCAGUAAAGUCUACAGAGCAGCAAGCUUGGUGGGCAAUAUUGGAAACUAAAAGCCCCGAUAUACUUCAAACGAAGUUCGUUUUCAUUCUUCGUUUCGGAGCAAAAAGAAGUUCGAA